AUGUCUAACACAAUGAGAAUUGGUGAUCUCCUUCUGGAAAGCCCUCCUCCAGCUUCCUAUGCUCGCCUUGGGUCUGGCCCUUCUCUGAGUAGAAAAUCAUGGACUGAUAAUUAUCUUCCAAUCACCAAUCCAAAUAUCUACGUGCCAACUUUGGAUGGAGUCCAUUCUUUUCUGGCCUUGGACCAAUACACACCAAACAGCAACAGCAUAUACACUACUGAUGCUAGUGAUAUCGAUCGUCUUGAUAGAUCAGCUUAUCGUUUGAAUUAUCUCGACCGUAUAGAUAUUCAAUCGGAAGGUGAUGUUGACCGGGAUUUUUAUCAAAAUUUUGCUCUUCCGGUUUCUCUUGCUUGGCAGAAGAAUGGCCAAUUUCUGCAGAGAUCGUUGUCAGGCCCUCCGGGUCCAACACAUACAGAUAAAACCGUGGAUCAUCUUUACUCAUGGCAAGUGGGAGGGGUUGCAGAAAAUGAAAGAUGCCAGGUGAUAGGAGAGAUGAAGCAAUACGAUGUUAUCAUUGUCAACGAGUGGACGGGUGCGGCAGAGAAGAAGGAUAUAACAAAACGAUUGGGAAGAGAGAUUAGAGGGUAA